GAAGGCUCUGGCGAUCUUUUCCGGGUCGAGAAAUUAGCACACCCAUGUAUGUGAGCUAGCGGGCCAAGAACUCUUCAUUUAAAAAAGUCUCCGCAGAAAAGAUAAUCGGGACAUUUAAGCACUUCCAGCACAGAACAUUCCAGUGUAUCGUUCUGUAACCAUAUGACACAGCGAUGCCGGGGCUCAGCUGUCGAUUUUACCAGCACCGGUUCCCAGAGGUGGAGGAUGUUGUGAUGGUGAACGUGAGGUCCAUCGCAGAGAUGGGCGCCUACGUCAGCCUUCUGGAGUACAACAAUAUCGAGGGCAUGAUCCUCCUGAGCGAACUGUCACGUCGACGUAUCCGCUCCAUCAACAAGCUCAUCCGCAUAGGCCGCAAUGAGUGCGUCGUCGUCAUUCGAGUAGACAAAGAGAAGGGGUACAUUGAUUUAUCAAAAAGAAGAGUUUCACCCGAGGAGGCCAUCAAGUGUGAAGAUAAAUUCACCAAAUCUAAAACUGUGUACAGCAUCCUGCGACAUGUGGCAGAGGUGCUGGAAUACACUAAGGACGAGCAGCUAGAGAGCUUGUACCAGCGCACUGCCUGGGUCUUCGAUGAGAAAUACAAGCGGCCAGGAUACGGUGCUUACGACGUUUUCAAACAGGCCGUAUCAGAUCCUGCCAUUUUGGAUGGGCUGGACUUAACAGAGGAGGAGAGGGCCGUGCUGAUUGAUAACAUCAAUAGGCGACUCACUCCACAGGCUGUCAAAAUCAGAGCAGACAUUGAAGUGGCGUGCUACGGGUAUGAGGGCAUCGAUGCAGUGAAGGAGGCUCUGAGAGCCGGUCUUGGCUGCUCUACAGAGGCCAUGCCCAUCAAGAUCAACCUGAUCGCUCCUCCUCGCUACGUCAUGACAACGACCACUCUGGAGCGCACAGAGGGCCUGUCUGUCCUCAACCAGGCCAUGGCUGCUAUCAAGGAGAAGAUUGAAGAGAAGAGAGGCGUCUUUAACAUUCAGAUGGAACCCAAGGUGGUGACAGACACAGAUGAGACGGAGCUCGCCCGGCAGCUGGAGAGGCUAGAGCGGGAGAACGCCGAGGUGGACGGAGACGACGACGCCGAGGAGAUGGAGGCCAAAGCGGAGGACUAGACUCUGUCCUUGGAGGAAGGCUGGUGGGGGACGGAAACAUCAAAGGAGAAAUGUGGACUGACAUAGCUGCAGUCAAUUCAGUCCAACAGAUAACUUUCACAUUGCAAACAUUAACUGGCGUUAAGUUGAUUGGCAAACGUCUGGGGUUGUUCAUUAGCAAGGUUUGUUUCAGAAGAUCGUACUAAAAUCGGUAUUCUUACCCAGACAUGGACACAAGGAAAGUUAAAGUACAAAUUAAACAUCAGUAUAGUUUCUAUUUUUAAGUACAUUGAUUUGAAUAAACGAUAACUCUAAAACAACUGUUCACAAGCAGUGGCCUUCACUUACCUCUUGCUUAAGAGCUCAGUGUCUUCAAAAUCCAUGGCACUUCAUCUCUGGCUGGUCACUGGAUGUGAUUGAUUGAUUAAAGGGGAAACGCAUAAGCUCGUCUGUCGCAACACCCUCAGUGGUGACUUUGUGCUGUUUCUCUUCCAGUGAAAGGGUUUUUUACUGGCAAGACCUGCUCUUGUUUAGCUCACAUGGCAUCAAUAAAGUUCUGGAAGUUUUGAGCUCAA